GCGGUCCGGUCAAUUGCAGGUGGGCUGGUUAGGCCACUGUCUACAGCGCAGGCUGGUUUAGCCCUCACGUGGUCGUCGUUCGAAAUCGCACUAACGUCGAACAUGUCACCCGAUCGAGCCUGGUGUGGUGGUGUGUAGUGCUUCUUUUGGGGUCUACGAACUUGGAGAUCAUUUGCCACCACCUCGUGCAGGUCACGUCAACAAUCACCUCUCCGCGCUACUGACCAACUACCUGCCACUGGUUCCUACCUGAUAACAGGCGCGCUUUUCAAUUUUUGGUUAAGACAAUGAUAGAAACAUGGAAGAAAAACUGUUCUUUGAAACAGCUAUCGCUCGAACAUGACGAACCAAUCACAUUUGUUGUUUCACAAUGGCAAAAAGAGCAAAAACCUAGUGCUAUAUAUCUGGUCUAUCGCUGGAUUAUCGCUGUUUUCUUCUUCACGACUUUCGUAAUCUCCAUCUGCGAUUUGAAGCAUCCCGACGCCGACUCGUCGUUCAAAGCCAAAUGGUUGAUUUACUUGACAAAUUGGGGUUACACCACUUGCACCUUACAAUCUCUGAUAAGUGCUAUCAUCCUGUCAAUUUGUGUGUUGGCGCCUCGCUUGCGAAGCCGUCCCAACCUGCAAUCUUCAACCCUGAAAUUUUACAAGUUCUACUGGGUGUUGAACGUGAUUGCUACUGACAUCGCAUUUGGGAUAACUAUACUGUACUGGUCUUUAAUUUACGAUGAAAAAGUCAUGGACUUCGACGCGAUGAAUUUUUUUGUUCACGCUAAUAAUUCCGUGUUGAUGAUGAUAGAUCUGUUUGUUGUGGCGCAUCCGAUUCGGCUGCUUCACUGCUGCUACCCUGUCGUGUUUGGAAUAUGUUACGCAGUAUUUAGUGUCAUUUUUUACGCAGCGGGAGGCAUCAGCAGAGAGGGGCAAGUUUAUAUCUACAAUAUCCUAGACUGGCGAAAACCGGGAACUACGACAGUGAUUUGUCUCGCUGUCGUCGGGUUUAUUGUUAUUGUACAUAUUACUUGUUGGGGAUUACAUAAAUUCAGAAUUUGGAUGCAUUCAAAAUGGGUUCCGCAAACUGGAACCCAUCACUGUCAUAAAUUAAAUAAAGAAGAAAAAGACCAGAUGGGAGCUUAUGUUAAUGAAGGAAUUGCAAAUGACAUGGUCUAAGUCAUCUAGAUAUAAUGUUGCUCACAUAAUUUAAUUGAGAAUAUAGCACUGUAUUAGAUAUAUUACCUGAGAUAUAGUAUGCGUAAGAUGUUUUGUACGGAAUGUAAUAGUUGAAAAUAAAUUGAUUUAUUGCGAA